AUGUCAGCACCUGAUUUUCCAGUUGUUUUUGUGACGCAUGGAGCUGGUCCAAUGAUGUUCUUUGAAUCACCAGCAUUUCCUGUUUUUGGUGAAAUCGAUAAAAACAGUCCAGCAGCUCAAUGGUUUCGUCAAUUAUCUCAACAAUUAGCUCUACCGUCAUUACCCAAAGCAAUUCUCGUCAUAACAGCACACUGGGAAACAUCAAAUACUAUACAUAUUAGUGCACAGGAAAAACAUACAGAACUUCUUUAUGAUUAUCAUGGGUUUCCAUCAGACGCUUACAAACUUAAAUAUAAUCCAUUAGGUGAUAUAAAUUUAGCUAAACGAGUUAAAACAUUACUUGAAGAAAUUGGCAUAUCUGCUAAACUUGAUGAUAAGAGAAAUUUUGAUCAUGGCGUUUUUAUUCCGCUCAAACUUAUUUAUCCAGAUGCAAAUAUUCCAGUUGUUUCGAUGUCUAUCCUACAAAGUUUGUCUCCAGAUCAACAUUUAGCUAUCGGCAAAGCUCUUGCACCAUUGAGAAAAGAGCAAAUAUUAAUUAUUGGAUCAGGUUCGUCUGUGCAUGGAUUUCAAGUAACUCAAACACAAGCAAAUGCAUUUAUGAAUGAAUUAACUAAAGCUCUUACACAAUAUGAUGAACAUGACCGUGAAAGAGUUUUACUUAAUUGGGAUAAAAUAUUACCUCAUGCACGAAUGAAUCAUCCACGUGAAGAACAUUUUAUACCUCUGCAUGUUGUUGUUGGUGCUGCAGGUUCAGAUCGCGGAGUAGUACUCAAUCCAAAUGUAGCAAGUGCACAAGCUUCUUUUAAAUUUGGUGUUUAG